AUGGUGCUUAAUUUCGAUGGGAAGAGAUAUAAUUGCGAAAAGUCGUCGAUAUACGUAUUCGCUCAAUUGUUCUCGACAAGUUCAUUCAUUAAGAGUAUCGCGGAUGAUUUCAAAAAAAGGGAGUUAAUCGACGUUAAGGAUUGUCUUUCCUCAGUUUACGUCCAUCAAGGUGAAAUGGCCACUAUACCACUACUGGUCACCAAUGUACCUGCAAACAAUAUCAUUCCAGAAUACACAACUUCUGAUGAUGCAACGUCCUGUUACAUUGUCGUCUUACGUUGUCCGGUUGGUUGUUCGAUAGGACAUCUGGAUACUCCAUUGCGCGCCAGGUCAUUUUUCAGAAAUUCUGAACGUUUCUUCUUUUCAAAAGAAAGUGUUAAUGUCACAGUCCACAUAGUCGGGGGUUUUCCAGAUCCACGAAACAUUUCACAUUCUGUACUAGUUGAAAUACUUUCAUCACUAAUAUGUAGUGAUCACAAUUAUGAACUUGGGGUAUGCUGUGUCGGUGAAAAUAACAUCCUUAGCUCUAGUGGUGGAAAAUCACAACCUGCUAUUUUGGGUGUUAUCUUCAAUAUCAAAACCAACCAAAUAAAUCCUGCUCGUAUAAGUUGGAAAGCACGUGGACCUGUUCCUGCGUUAAGACUUUUACGCCUAGGCUGUGUAGGUUCAGAUGAAAUAACUAACGUAUUCAACCCAGAAAGGGGUUACCUGACCAUAGAUCCUUUCCCGUACGAACGCCCAGCUUUUGUGAAUACGCAAAUAACAUCUGAAGAAAUUCGAGCUAGGUCCACAACACCUGAGCAAGAACCUGCAACAUACUUUGAAGGUCAGAUUGCUGUGCACCGCUUAAGGCUUCACUGUCCUAACUCCCUAAUUUGGUUUGGACUUGGUCCACUGAUCUUCCGUUGUGUUCUGGAUUCAAAUAAACCGUGGGUUCCUAUAAAUGGAGCUUCCACAGUUGCAUCAGAAGACCCUUUAACAAACGUCGAAAUAUAA